GCCCGCACAAGCAAGAUGAAACAGAACCCGUUCGUGUCGUCGUCGCGCAGGAAGAACCGCACGCACUUCCAGGCACCCUCCCACAUCCGCAGGCGCCUCAUGUCCGCUCCCCUGUCCAAGGAGCUGCGCCAGAAGUACAAUGUGCGUUCCAUGCCCAUCCGCCGCGACGAUGAGGUCCAGGUGAUCCGCGGCCACUUCAAGGGCAACCAGGUAGGCAAGGUGGUCCAGGCCUACCGCAAGAAGUUCGUCGUCUACGUCGAGAAGAUCCAGCGUGAGAACGCCAACGGCACCAACGUCUACGUGGGCACACCCAGCAAGGUGCUGAUCGUCAAGCUGAAGCUCGAGGACCGCAAGGCCAUCCUGGAGCGUCGCGGCAAGGGUCGUCUGGCCGCUCUCGGCAAGGACAAGGGCAAGUACACCGAGGAGACCGCCGCCCAGCCCAUGGAGACGCGUAAAUCGCCGGCUAAAACUCUGCUCUGGACAACUGGGACGUCGCUGUUUACUGUUUUUACCGUAACGCUUAGUGUAAAAAACAAAACAUCUGAAAAAAUGCGUGUGGAAAUGGCGCCAUUCUUUACAAUAAAGAAAAGUUGA